AUGAUUUCACAAGUGUUCGUAAUUAUUGGAUAUUUCUGUUUGACUCAAUCACAAACCCGUUUUAUGCCAAAUUUGCCUUUGGGAGAAUAUCAUUUAAAUAUUGAAAAAGUAUAUCGUUGUGAAUCAAGCAACUAUACAUUUCAAUUUAAUUUUUUUUUGAGGAAAAAGACAGCAAAUACAACUGAAUUAAAAGGGAAUGUGACAUUUUUUAAGCCUUUUGAUGAUACAAUUAAACUUGAUGUAAACGUUGCAUCUUGGGGUCUAACUGGUGGUUGGAAACCAAAUUCAAUAGUUUACAUAUCAAAAAAUGCAUGUAGUAGUUCGAAACAUGUACUAGGAAAAAUAUGGUUUUCUUUGUUUAAAGGUUUUAGCAUGCCGACUUCUGUCUGCCCAAUACCAGCGGGCACAUAUAUGACGUCAGGGAUUGACGUCAAGGAACUAGAAGAUCAUAACUUUCCUAAAGUAUAUUUUUAUGGGAAGUAUAAAGCGGUGUUUAAGAUGAAAAAUGAAGAAAAUAAAAUACUUAGCUGUACAGUAAUCGAGAUAAAUCUAACACGGCCGUGGGAAAAACCAAUUUAAUUUAAUAAUAUUUUUUACAUAUUAUGUUUUAUUGACUUUUCUGAAUCAAAAAAUAAUCAUUAUCCUUUAUUUAGACUUUCUAAAAAUAUGGAUACUAAUCAUACAAAAUAUACAACUUGAAGUUUAUA